CUAACUUUUACCAUCAACAUAUUACAUUUAAAAAUUCCUGAAAAAAUGAUUUGUUGGAAAAUUGUUAUCAAAUUGUGUCACCAGUACUAAAUAAAGCAUCUACUUUCUAACGAAGAGGACCGUUGUGAAACAUCACUCUUUGUUCUUGAAAUAUAAAUUAUUAAAAUAUAAUGCACUGCGAGAAAGUUGAAUAUGAACCUAUCCAGCUAAUUAUAUUUUAAAAAAUAUUGUGCACACUUUUAUGAACAUAAAAUCAAACAUUAAGAUAUUAGUUUAGACAUUUGUAUUAGAUUGUAACAUUUUAGAUACACUCCACCUCCCCAAACUUUUUUCACCCCACCCAAACUGUGCAGUAUGCACACAAAAACUAAUAAUAAGAAAUUGAGAAGGGAGCGUAAUGUUUUCACCCUUACCGUGAGGAAUAAUACUAGUGACACGGCACAUCUGCUCUCUCUUAAUACAAAAACACCCUUCCUUGCCAAAAUCCCGCGUCACACGUAUUACACAUUUUUAGUUUCCUAGAAAUCGAUUUCCAACGAAAUAACUCCGAUUAAUCAGAAAAAAGAAUUGGUAACGCGAUAGUAUUCGAAUGAAAUGAUAUGGAAUAAUUUUGAAAUUGAUACUCGUGGUGGGUUUAGUGACUGCAUCUAUUUAAAAACGGAAGUAGGAAAGUUCCUCGAUUAAUACUAGGUCCAUGAUGACGGGUGACGAUUCUCCAACGGCAAAUCGAAAGGAAGAAUUUCAUUUCGGGCGAUCAACUCCGCCUCCGACAACAAGUUAUUUUCCGAAACACGAGCACGCCGAUAUUAAAACAGUUGCAGAACCGAAUAAAGAGGAAAAAGAUAAGGAAAAAGAUAAAGAAGAAAAAGAUGAUGUGGAUAUUUCAAGGCCGGAUGCAAAUCCCGAAUAUAAACCGGACGAAAAACGCGAGAAUAAUGAAAGAAAAGAUGGUGGUGGUGGUGAUAAAGGUGGUGAUCGAGGUGAUAAAAGAAAGGAUAAAAAAGAUGUAGGAAAAGGUAAAGGAAGCGGUGAUAAUGAUGAAAAAGAAGAGGAAAGUUCCGAUAAAAAAUGUAAUGGUGAUCGUUUAGAUGGACGAUGGAUACCAUCAGAUGCAAAAGCACCCCCAAGUGAUGAUGAAGAUGACAGUAAUUGCACUGUAAAAUGUCUUUAUUAUACCAUGCAAUGUUGUGAGUGUACAAUUUCAUGAUGUACAUAUUAUGUGAUAUGUAAGUUGAAGAAUUCAUAAUAUCUCGAUGUAAAAUCAUAGUUAUCAUUUGAUCUGAUUAGGGUAUAUUCUCGUGAUUAGAUGAAUAGAUGGUAGGCACUACAGUGAAUCUGAUUUUUCCUGCUAAUUUAUUAUAGAAAAAGAAGCGUUGAACCAUUUUUAUAUUAAAAAUUUAAGGUAAAUAAUAAUCAAAACAUAAGGAGAAACAAUCAAUAGUAUUUACUGUGUUAUUGUAAAUGUAUAGAAUUUACUCAGCUUUUCGUUUUUGUAUAAUAACAAAUCAUUGAAAGUAUGUAAAAUGGAAUACGUCGGUGAUUAUAUUUAUAGUUUUUACAGUAUUCAGAUGCAAAAAGAUCAAAAUGUCUUUUUCUUUAUUUUUUAAUAAAUAUUUUAAAAUAA